UAGCGGAUGUAUUUUCAUGUAGCACCUGUUACCAGCAUUCCGUCUAGUGGCGGAGAUCGUGGUAGGGUGAGAGUUGUGACACCAACAGGGUCACGUUUCAACUCUUUGAUUUCAGUAAUUCGUCCGAAAGUUAUAUAAAGUAUAAUUGAUAUCAUACGGAUCAUUUAACCGCGAAGAGAAAGCUAACGGAGGUUAUAAGUCUAACUAAGCUAACAAACGGUUACUACAGUGCGUCUGUCAAAUCAGUCCCCUCCCUUUGAGCUGUCACUUCACGGAAAGGUGGACGGGCAGGAAACAUGACGAGUUUAGCCUGUAAAGUGUUUGGCAGAGUCGACAGGCUGUGUCGCCACCUCCCUGUGGUCCUCAACACCUUCCUGGUCUUCUCCAUCACCGCGGAGGUGAGCUACCUGGUGCUGGUCGAGGCUCCGCUAGAGGCGGACCAGCAGAAGACGGUGUGGUCCGCCUGGUGGAAAGGAGUCCACCUGCUGGCUCAGUACUUCAUGCUCGGAAACAUCUGCUGGAACGCCCUGCUCUUCCUUAGAACCAGCCCCAGCAUCAGGGGGGUGUUCCUGGGAGGAGAGGGCAUGGGCCAGGGGUGGAGGUACUGUUAUACAUGCGAGACACACACUCCUCCUCGAUGCUCCCACUGCUACGACUGCAAAGUGUGUGUUCUGCGGCGGGAUCACCACUGCGUCUUUUUUGGCCAGUGUGUGGGCUUCCGUAACUACCGCUACUUCCUGAGCUGCUUGUUAUUUAUGUGGUCGGGGCUCCUGUACGCCACUCUGAUGAAUGCAGAGGUCUUCAUUGUCAUAUUGAAGGAGGGUGUGACGAUGCACAGCGUCCUGCUGCUACUCAUACCCUGGAUCAUGCUGGUUUCAGGCCAGGUCUCACCAAGUGCCUUUGCCUUCGCCUUCAUCGCCGACACAUGCGUGGUGGGCUUCCUGCUGGUGUCUGCCUUCUUUUUCUUCCAUGUCUUCCUGAUGUUUCGGGGACAGACCACCAGGGAGUGGUACUCGACCCGUCGACCCUACAACCUCGGGCUCUUGGGCAACCUACGUCACGCUCUGGGCGUCCGCUGGUACCUCUGCUGGCUCUGCCCACUCCUCCCUUCACCUCUACCUGGAGAUGGGAUAAACUUCCAGCUCACAGGAUCGCUGGAGCCCAGCCGGUAACAGCUGAGAGUCUGAAUAUUAACAGGCCGUGUGUCUUCGCUUUAGUGGUGAUGGUUAAUGUUAUCGGGAGCAGCAGCACCAGGGAAGAACACCUCAGUUCAAAAAGAGGUAGCUUGGGAUGGGAAGAAGCCAGAACAGUGUGUGGUGGUUUAAGAUAUUACUGAGUAUAACUGUCUACCAGUAUCAUCUCUGUAGCCUUUACCUGUGCUGAGACAGAGAAAUUAUGGGUCUACUUGGGAAGGUACAUUUACCUUUACCUAAAGGUAAUCUGUACACUCCUUGAAGCUGGCCUCAGAAUAUUAACACAGAAAUAAGAAGUGUUCCUCUGGAAUACUGAGCACUGAAUAUGUAAACACUGAAAUGAGAAUGUAUUUUAUUGAUUGUGAAACGUAUAAUUGUAAGUCUUUGUUAACAAGCACUCAACUACUGAGUACGACUCCUGGGUAGUCACUUAAAGGGGCCUUUCUCCUACUGGUUAUUUUGCCUAAAUCUGAAGGUUAUAAUCCAUUUGGCUUGCACUGUUUCAUAUUGUUGCAUCAAGUGAGACAUGAGAGCACUGAGAGGGUGUUCACAAUGAUGGAUCAACAUAUGUGUAAGAAUACACUCAAUAAAAAUUAUACAUGAUAUGAAAUCCAGUAGGCAUGCACCGACUCGACUUUUUCAGUCCUGAUACGGAUACCUGGGCUUUGGGUAUUGGCCGAUACCGACUACCGAUACUAAUGAUUAAUUAUUAAGCUGUAUGACUCACUGUGUGGAAGUGACUGGAAUCAUUAUGUAAUGGGUAAAGCAACAUCAGGCUUAUUUAUUAGGAUUUAUUAUAUUAGACAUAAUAUUAAUAAUAAUAAUACAUUUUAUUCACAAACAAAACAAAGCAGAAAACAAAAACUGAGAACAGAAAAAUAAAACUUAAAAACAACAAUAGGUUAACAAAUGAGUGAUUAUUAAGAAUAUGCUAAUUUAAAAGAUGAGUUUUUAAACCAGACUUGAAUGCGGGGAGGGAGUGGAUGUUGCGGAUGUUUAGUGGGAGAGAGUUCCAGAGACGGGGGGCGGAGUGGCUGAAGGCUCUGGGCCCCAUGGUGAUCAGGCGGGCCGAGGGUUGGGUGAGUUGGAGGACAGAGGAAGAUCGGAGAGAGCGAGAGGGAAUGUAGGUGUGAAGGAGUUCAGAGAGGUACAAAGGUGCAAGAUUGUGAAGGGCCUUGAAGGUGAGGAGCAGAAUUUUAAAAUCAAUACGUUAAAUAUAUUUAACUGGGAGCCAAUGGAGUUGUUGGAGAACCGGAGUGAUAUGGUCUAUGGAAGGAGUUCUGGUGAUGAUACAGGCGGCUGAAUUUUGGACCAGUUGGAGUUUACGUAGAGGUUUGUGAGGAAGGCCAGAGAGGAUGGAGUUGCAAUAAUCUAUACGGGAUGUACCAAGAGCGUGGAUAAGAAUGGCGGUGGUGUUGGGUGUGAGUGACGGACGGAGACGAUUAAUGUUGCGGAGGUGGAAGUAGGCAGACCGAGUGAUGUUGUUUAUGUGAGCUUCAAAAGAUAGGGUGCUGUCGAGAAUGACACCCAGGCUCUUUACUUGGGGGGAGGGGGGGGGGACUGUGGAGUUAUCAAUGGUAUGGUAGAAUUUAUCAGUUUUGGCCAGAGUGUACUUGGAGCCUCGGUUUUAUCACUGUUAAGUUUGAGAAAGUUGGAUGAGAACCAGGAUUUGAUUUCCAGUAGGCAGUCAGGGAAGUGGGGGGGAGAGCGGAUGUGGGCUUGGUGGAAAGAUAGAGCUGGGUGUCAUCCGCGUAACAGUGGAAUUGGAUACCACAUUUCCUGAAGAUAUGGCCGAGAGGUAGGAGGUAGAUGAUAAAUAGGAGGGGGCCCAAGACAGAGCCCUGAGGAACACCAGUGAGGACAGGAAGGGACUGUGAUUUGAAGUGUUUGAGUUGAACAAAGUGGGUACGGCCGGAGAGGUAAGAUCUGAACCAGGUGAGGGGUGUGCCAGUGAUACCAAUAGAAGGUAAUCUGUGAAGAAGGAUGUGAUGUGAGAUGGUGUCGAAGGCUGCAGUCAAGUCAAGGAGGAUGAGUAUGGAUAGGAGCCCAGAGUCAGCAGCCACUAGGAGAUCGUUUGUGAUUUUGACCAUGGCCGUCUCUGUACUGUGUGAGGAGCGGAAACCAGACUGAAAUUGUUCAUAAAGAUUAUUGUUGUUGAGAUGAGUGUGGACCUGGGCUGCAACGGCUUUUUCAAGUAUCUUGGAGAGAAAUGGUAGGUUAGAGAUUGGGCGCACUAGGUUUUUUGAGAAUAGGGGUUAUUGCACCUGUUUUGAGGGAUGAGGGAUGAGACCAGAGGUAAGGGAGGAAUGAAUUAUGUCGGUAAUUAGAGGGGACAGGGAAGGUAGACAUGCUUUAACUAGGUGGGUAGGAAGGGGGUCAAUGGGUGGAUGAUUUGGAUUUACGGAUGAGAUUAGAUAUGUCAGUGACAGUGGGAAGUUCGAAGCUCGAUUAGUGGAGAAGAGAGGGGAGCAUAUAGAGUUGAGUGAAGUGAUGUAUAGUUAGAGGAGGCCAGUUGCUGGUGAAUAUUUAUGAUUUUGGCAUUAAAAAAGGUCAUGAAGGUGUUACAUUGAGCAGUUGAGUACAGGUGGGGUGCACGAGAGUCCGGUGGUUUCAGAAUGCUGUUGACUGUAGAGAAUAGUGUUCUAGUGUUACCUUCACCUGACCUAAUUAAGUUUGCAUAGUAUAAUGAUUUAGCAGAGGAAAGAGCAUCCUUAUAUUGAAGUAUGUGGGUGUUAUACUUAUGGGUGUAGUCUUUUGAAAAGGUCGGAGAAAUAUCUCUAAGUAAAAGUAAAAGUUAAGUAAGUAAGUAAGUAGCUCUUCAUUGUUGGCUUCCACAGUAUUAGAGUUCAGUAUUAGCGUGAAAUACCUUCAAACAGCAGGUCUACCGGUGUGCUGCUGACACAUGACAUAGUACACGCAUGUGUAUUCAGACGUAAACAAAGAAGUGAAUUGAUUAGAUCGACCUUGUUGUCACUCAAUCCAGCUAUUUGAAUCAAUAUCGGCCCGAAAUAAGUAUCGGAUCUGUGCAUCCUUCAAAUUUAGUGUUGCGGUUUACAGAGGAAUCUAAAGUAAUUUAGUGAAUACGGGCCACACCUACAGUGUAACAACAUGACGUGCACUGACUCAAGCAACUGCCAUGUCCCAGUUCCCUACUCCAUAUUAAUUGUAGCUUUCCUAAAAAUGUAUAGUUCUUUUUUUGUUUUCUGAGGUGUUCUUGGAGCUGUAUCACCUGGCUGUUUAGAGAAUGAAGAACACACUACGUACCGGCUUUGAUUUAGUAUGUAGUAUGGAUUUGGGACACAACUGACAUGUCUCACAGUACUUGAUGCCAGCUGGACGAUCGGUACAAUCUUUUUUUACUCUCUCUCUCUCUUUUGCACUUUUGCUUUUGAAAUUGUAAUUCUCCUGGCCUUAAAAUGUUAAAAGCCUUUGUCUUGUCCUAAAUUAACAUUCUGCCAAAAAUAUUGUUUGUCAAAAAAUGUAAUUAUUUGGUAAUAUAUAUAUAUAUAUAUGUCUUUUUUGUGCUAUUUCACAUGGGUCACCCUUUUUGAUGUUUGAUUCUGCCAUUAUAAAGUGCUUAAAUAAAUUAUUUCAAAGGAAGUAUGGAACCAUUGAACAUUUCAAAUGUUGUUA